GAAUUCGCGUCCCGAACCCGGCUGGUGGCGCCUCUGGCACAUUGCGUCCUCUGUCAGACACCAAUUGGCAUGCCGACCAAGAAGCGGUUCCCGCUGCCGGACGACUUCUUUCAUGCGCCGCCGCUCUCGGAAGCCGACGCCGACGCGUACCGCGCGAGAGCCGACGUCAACUUGACCAACCUCAUUGCGUCGGCGACCUCGCCGAUGAAGCUGCAGACAUGGACGCCCAUCGGCCGGACCAGUGGCGUCAACCUCUUCCAGAUGCACUCGUCCGCCUUGCCAGCCAAUGCCAGCUACGUCCCGUACCGAGCGGUGGCGCGCAUCUCGGCCACCAUCGACGAAGUCGCUGCGCUGCACGCCUUUGAGACGCGCGCCAAGUGCUUCGAGUACAUGCGCUGCUACGCAAGCGACAUUCUCGACAUCAUUCCUCUCUACUCGCUCCGCGAUCGGUCACCAGACGCGCCGCACCGCCAAACCUACGUCAAGUGGGCGGCCGUGCAGUCGCCGCUCUCGGUCAUCAGCAACCGCGACUACCUCUACCUUGAGGGCCAAAACACGUUUACCAUGGCAUCUGGGCGGCGGGGCUGGGCGUACUGCCAGUCGUCGAUUGAGCUACCGGCGUGUUGCGCGCCACUCAGGCAGUUCGACCUCGUCCGCGGGUCCCUCGAGCACACCGGCUGCGUUUUCCUGGAGACUGCGACGCCCGGCGUCCUCGACGUUGUCUACCACAUUGCGUCCGACUUCAAGGGUUCCAUUCCCCACUUCGCCAUGCAUUUGGCUGUGCGUCGGCGGGCGCGCAAGAUCACCAUGGUCGACGACUACGUGCACCAGCAGCGCCUCCGCCACACGGUCCUGCUCGAGUCCUUGUCGAUGACGUCGUUGCCGGUCACGACACGGCCCAAGCACUGCAUGCUUUGCAGCAGUUCAUUCCGGUUUCGCCGUCCAAAGACGUGCCAGCCCUGCGGCAAGGUGGUAUGUAGUAGCUGCAGCCGCAAGUGGACCAUGCCAACCGACGCGAGCGCGCCCAUGCGCGUGUGUCACGUCUGCUCCAAGACCGUGCGCUCGUCGCUGCCGCCCGCAUCGAUGCCCGGGCUGCGCGACACGGAGAGCAUGUCGGACAACUCGCUCGACGGUGAGAACGAUGCGUGGUCGACCGAGCCGCCACCGGUUACUGGCAGCGGCGGCGUCGACAUGGCGUAUCUGCAAGUGUACGAGUCGGCACCGCGGCGACCGAAGCCACCGCGCAAGAGCAGCUUGGAUUUGCCGGUGCGGCCGUCCAUGCUGCGUCCGCGCAACUAUUCCGAAGACGUCGACUACAGCACCGACGCGUCGUUCCUGUACGACAUGGAUGGCCUCGUGGACCCCAUGAUCACACUGCGCGUGCAUAAUCGUUAACUACAUUAGUCAUAAUUUGUACUACAAAUGGCUGAAUAUCCGUGUCACCACCAACCUACAACCUCUACCAGCGUUAACGAG